AUGGCAACGGCUACUCAACAUGCCGCCGACGACACGGAGAAAAACAAUGCGGUAAUUGAGAAAUAUGAGAUUCCAGAGCCAGAACCUUUUAUAUCUUUUGCGGCGCUGAAAGAUCGGAUCCGGCAUCAUUAUGAGAUGGCAUCUGAUUACUACUACUCCCUUUGGGGUGAACACAUCCAUCAUGGUUACUUUCUGACUCCAGAAGAUACAAAGGAGAAAGCCCAGUUACAGCUGAUUGAGCUUCUCCUGGAACGCUCCGCCUUACCCAAAGGUAGUAAGGUCCUUGAUGUGGGAUGUGGAAUUGGAGGCACCUCGCGCUUCUUAGCUAAGAACCAUGACUGUGCGGUAACCGGCGUGACAAUCAGUGGUCGCCAGGUCGAAAUAGCUAAGAAAAUCACCCUUGAAGCUGGCGGGUCGGAGCCAUCAGAAGGGAACCAAACUUCAACGCUCGGCAGCGGAUCGGUCCGCUUUGUCGAGCUUGAUGCCGAAAAGAUGGGCGUCUUCUUUACCAGCGCGCCAAACGAGGAGAAGUUCGAUUGCGUCUGGAUUUCUGAAGCAAUGAGUCACCUACCUAACAAAGCUCUCUUUUUUGAGAAUGCACAUCUCCUUUUGAAGGAUGGCGGAAAAUUAGUUGUUGCAGACUGGUUCAAGAACGAGGGCCUGUCGGAGAAGGAAUUUAAAGACGAUAUUUCCCCUAUCGAAGAUGGGAUGUUACUUCCCCCAUUGUGCACACAAGCCGACUAUGUGAAUUUUGCCAAAGCUGCGGGCUUAAAAGUGUUCACGGAGCCGUUCGAUAUUAGUAAACAGGUCUCAAAAACUUGGGAUAUUUCGUGGGCUCUGAUCCAAAACCCCUCGCUAUGGGCCUUUGCUGUAUCUCAAGGUAGAGAUGGUCUCGCGUUCAUGCAAGCUUUCCGUGCUAUGAGAAGAGGAUUCGCCAAUGGAAGUUUUAGAUACGCCGUAAUGGCGUACCAAAAGUAA